UCUCCAUAAUUUUCCAGAGCGAUUUGUAUUUUGUAUUGUGUGUGUAAAUUGAAUUGGCCAAUUUGCACCUUUAGUGUUUCGACCGGUGCUUUAUUUGUGAAGAAUUUUAUUUAGUUCUUUAAUUCUCAUUAAUCUGUGAUCUCCAAGCUUACUUGUCUUUACUGGUUUUUUUUUUCAUUAUUUCGGCUUGCUUCAUAGAUCUCCAAAAUGACUGAAUGUUGUCCAGAUCAAAACUCUAAACGAAAAGACUUCAUUUGCGGUGUGGUCGAAGGAUUCUACGGACGCCCGUGGACCACUGAACAGAGGAAAGACCUAUUCCAAAAGCUUCAAAAAUGGGGUCUAGACAUGUAUGUCUACGCUCCAAAAGACGACUACAAGCAUCGAGCAUACUGGAGAGAACUCUACACUGUAGAGGAGGCAGAACACUUAACUUCCCUUAUAACAGAGGCAAAAUCGCAUGGCAUAACAUUCUGCUACGCUCUGUCCCCGGGACUGGACAUAACAUACAGUAGUCAGAAAGAAAUAACUAUUUUGAAAAGAAAAUUGGAGCAGGUCUCCCAAUUUGGAUGCAUGUGUUUUGCGCUACUCUUUGAUGAUAUUGAGCCUGAAAUGACCGAGGCAGACAAGCAGAUAUUCCAGAGCUUUGCACACGCACAGGUUUCGGUGACAAAUGAAAUCCAUCAACAUCUGGGAUGCCCUAAGUUCCUGCUGUGCCCUACGCAGUAUUGUUCCACGAGAGCUGUACCAACUGUCAUUGCCUCGGAAUACCUGAAUACCCUCGGAACUAAACUCUCUCAAGAAAUUGAUAUAAUGUGGACUGGACCCAAAGUGAUAUCGAAAACACUAACAACUGAAUGCAUAGAGGAGAUAACCCAGGUGUUGCGCCGACCGCCGGUCAUUUGGGACAACCUGCACGCCAAUGAUUACGAUCAAAAGAGAAUUUUCUUGGGUCCCUACUGUGGCCGAAAACCAGAACUAAUACCGCUAUUGCGUGGAGUGCUGUCCAAUCCGAAUUGUGAAUACAACGCCAAUAUGAUACCCAUAUGGACAUUGGCACACUGGGCUAGAUGCAGUUUGAACGCACCUCCGCAUAUGGAAGCAGUGUCAUGGGAUAUUAAAUUGGAGCGAGAGAGCGAACAAGGCGUGUGUGACGACGAAGUACUUAUGUCUCUGGAGAAACACGUCUACCACCAUAGACAAGCUCUCAGACAAGCGAUCAACGACUGGCUUCCAGAGUUCUCAAUACCGAAAGCAGCGCAGGGCCCUGUUAUCAAACCACAAACACCAAUAACAGUGCCUGCAGUGCCGAUAAUCCCAAUUCUGCCAUCUGUCAACACUUGCAUGUCUCUGGUCACCGCGACAAGUAGCACAACAACUACCUGCACGGCGGAGCUCGCGCCCGCCAUUCCAACUGUGAACACUAGUCAACUGCAGGCUCUAGCUGAUGUGUGCUCCGCCACGCCUGAUCGUCCUAUACUGUCGACUGGGAUACCGGCAAUAGAAACAUUCAACCCCAUACCAACGCCGGUGAUGAACUCACUCGUUUCACCAACCACAGUUAUCCUCAAUGAGUCCAUACCCAACCCAAUAAUACCGAUCGCGAAUUCCAACAUGUCCUUACCGACAGAAAUACCUGUUUCAACUCUACCCGUACCGCUGAUGGGUGUGAAAGUGAUCGAUCCAGAAAACGCGGACAAAAUAGAGACAGAUCAACCAAUGUGUGAUAAAAUCGACAUAAAUGAAUCUGCAUCGAAUGAUAGCGUACUGGAGUCAGCUAGUUUCAUCGAGAAUAUGAAGAAGGAUAAGGAUGAAGAUGAUCCCAUCAUCGUUGAUGAAGUGGAGACAGCGGCUGAACAGCAACAAAACGGUGAAAUGAGCCUUGGAGGUACUCCUCAAACGCUAAGUCCAAACCAACCCGUCCUCGAGCCACUAGAUGUAGAUCCACCUUCCAACACUGCUAUGGACUCUGAUGUUAUAAUGCAUGAUCAACUGAGCGAGAAUGGUUCAAUGCAAGUGGAGCCCAGCAAUAGUCCAUUGAGUGCUGACAUGAUGGUGGAAUCUGUGGAACCAACAGAAGUCACAGACGAGGCCGUGGAAGAAUCGUCGCUGGACCCGGACGCGCUCACGGCGGAUGAUCUCUUACUGCUUUGCGAUCUCUUUUAUCUGCCAUUCGAGCACGGCUCCAGAGGCUUACGAAUGAUGCACGACUUCCAUUGGCUCACUACCCACGCCGCUAGCAUACUGCCCCGAGGGAACAGACCGGAGACGAGCGAAUGGCGUCGUCGCUUACGUCGAUUUUCCUGGUGGGCGGGCCGUACGAGACGCCUCGCGCGGAGAGUAGCGUGCGCGCCCAAUAAAGAACUGCACUCAGAACUGCGACCCUACCUGUGGGAUCUAUGCGCUGUAUUGGCGUUGCUUCAAGCAUUCUUACGAUGGCUUGAACUUGGAAAAUUCCCGAACAGCAUAGCGACAUAUGCACAAGGGAGUUACACAUGGUUCUCGAAAGGUUGGCGCGAGGCCUUCGAGAGCGGGGCCCAAGAGCCCUGGGUUUUCCGUGGUGGUUUGACCGCGGAUCUCCGGAGGUUGUUACCUGUAGAGUGCAGUGGCGAUGCUCUGAGGCCGCACUGUAUGCCCAUCGGGCUACCUCUAACCGUGCGGCCUUACACACCCGCCGAUGAGGAAGCGGUAUGCACAAUAUGUCAUAAGACGUGUCGAGACGGCUCCGAUUGCAGUGAUCUUUUCCCCAGCGAUCUUCAAACACUACCGGCCGAUAGAUUGGUAGUGCCCUUUCUGACGCUGACGCCCGAGCUCUGCAUGGUGAUAGAGGAUGACGGCCUCGGUGACGUGGACCCUGACGACGUUGACGGGGACGACCCCGACGUUGAUGCCGCGGAAGUGAGACCCAUGAAAACCGGCGCCGUCAAACGCGAGAUCGUGGGUUAUGCGUGUGCGGCGCUCAACAGUAAGGACUUCUAUAAGAGGCAAGAGAUCGCGCUGAUACCGGAGAUGUGCAUCAAGUAUCCCAAGGAGCUUAUGGAGAGAGCUGACUUGUCCCCGGCCGCUAAGGAGUGUGUCGGUCACUUUCACGAGUUUAACAACAUGGAGCGUGCCCCGGACAGCAUCGUGCGUAGUCACCCGGCGUUGCUCACGUGCUGUGUACUGCCUCCGAAAACUGACCCCUUGGCGCCGGCUAGACUACUGACGUGUCUCCUGGCUGCAUUACGUGCUCACGGUGUAAACGGCGUGCACGCGUGCAUCAACUCAACUGACCACUACCUACAGCAGUUCUACAACAAGCUGGGUUUCGUCGAGGUGUCACGCAUUGGAGGACGGGUGUACCUCGCGCGUGCCUUCUAGCGUCAGAGGCACUUCCACUUGCCGCGAUUCCGGCACCCCUGCUUCACCCAAAUGAAGAACUGGGUUCUGUCUCUGAACAAACGGUGUAGGAGGCGCCACUAAAGGACAUUUUUUAGGUUAAGUGUCACUAGCUUGUUUUGUCCGCGGAUGUUUUCUCAAAAACGUUCUCCCUAAUAAUGUGUAUAAUUCAAAAGUUUGGGUAGUAAAAAAAAAUGUUUCACGGUUUAGAAGACGCCACUAAAGGACUUUUUUUAAGGUAAAAUAUCAGUAGCUUAUCUUAACUGCGGAUUUCUUUCCAAAAUAUUCCUUAUGUGUAUAAUUCAAAUCUUAAGUUAUUUGACUAAAUUAAAAAAAGUGAUGUCUCUUAAUAAAAAUAUUCUCCUUUGAACAAACGGUGAAGGAGACGCCAAGAAAGGACAUUUUUAAGGUUAAAAGUCUAUAGUUUGUCUUUACCGCGGAAUUUUCCUCUAAAACUGCCUCCAUAAUAUGUGUAUACUUUAAAUCUAAUUAUUUGACUAAGUAUAAAAUAAUUGAUGUCCUUUAAUCCAAAUAUGCUGAUGAAAUCUUUGACCAAACGGUGUAAGAAACGCCCCUAAUGCACAUUUUUUGGGUUAGAAGUCAGUAGGUGUGUGCAGUAAGUGCCAGCCAAUAAGUACUAUUGGAUUUUAUAUUUUAAUAAUGAGACAUCUUAAGGUAGUUUACGUUCAAAUACCUAAAGAUAGGGUUAUAUACCAAAACUUAGGGUUAACAUAUUUGGAACAGUUUUUAGGAGAAUACUACGGUUUUUUAAAGUUAAUAUGUGCACGAAAUAAGUUCCGUAUACUAAAUAAAUUAGUAAUUAUAUGAGAUGGAAACUAAGAUAAUAUUUAAUGAUAGUAAUAAUAAUAUAUAGAUAUUACUAAGUAUAAAAUUAAAAAUAAUAUGGGCUAAACUCAUAAGAAGUGACUUCAAAGAUCAGUCAAAAUGAAGCAAACGAUUCAUGUCAUUAGUCACUACACGGACACUCCUAUGAACUCGCAUAGUGUACUCGAACGCACAGAUUAGGUUCCACCAAUCAGAUUAUGAAGGGUUGAUGCGAUAUAUAUUUCAUAAAAUUGAUCAAUGCAUCAAUAAAACAACGUGGUUGACAUGCCAAACAAAAAUUGGCAAAACAAAACUAUUUUAACACAUAAAUGUACUGUUGAAUUGAAAUUUAACAUAUUAUGUUACAU